CCCAAUCUUUUACCCAAGGUGGCUGCUAUUUGUGCCGACCCGACCCGACCCGACCCGACCCGAACCGAACCAUCUGAGAACAACCACCGUUGAAAUAGGAAAUCGGUGUUAUAUCCUCACGCUUCAUCAAUGAGGACCCCAUUGUCUACCUUUAGCUAUGGCCUUCUCUUCAACACUUUGCCACUAACUUCUCUGUUCAGUAAACUCACAAUGGCAAGAAGCAAUACAUCAAAGCCUAAAGUCGACAAAAUGCAACAACUACUUCAUUCUCACCCUUCUGGUGGUUGGGAUAAAUGCUGGGAGAAAGGAGUGACGCCUUGGGAUUUGGGACAGCCUACUCCAAUCCUUGUUCAUCUUCAUCAGACAGGUACCCUUCCCAAAGGCAGGGCUUUGGUCCCUGGCUGUGGCAGCGGUCAUGAUGUGGCAGCAAUUGCAUGCCCUGAACGCUUUGUUGUUGGCUUGGAUGUAUCAGAAAAUGCUAUUAAGCAAGCUACAAAAUGGUUUUCAUCAUCAAAAAGUGCGGAGAAUUUUUCUUUCCUGGAGGCAGAUUUCUUCAUCUGGCGCCCUACUCAAUUGUUUGAUCUUAUCUUUGACUACACUUUCUUUUGUGCCAUUGAGCCAGAGAUGAGACCACAGUGGGCAAGUAGAAUUCGGGAUCUUCUUAAACCAGACGGGGAGCUUUUUACACUGAUUUUUCCGAUAAGCGACCAUGAAGGUGGGCCUCCAUAUAAAGUAUCAGUUUCCGAUUAUGAAGAAGUCUUGCAUCCCAUGGGGUUCAGGGCAGAGUUGAUUGUGGAGAAUCAUUUGGCUAUUCCACCUCGGAGAUGCCUUAGCUCUUCCAGAGCAUGCCCAAAAGCACAACACUAAAAAUCAUUCAUAUUCAAUCAGCAGUUGUUCGACUGUUUGGAAAAGAGAAGCUGGGUAGGUGGAAAAGGUCCGUAAGCAAAUCUUUGCUCUGAAUCAGUUCACUUGCAGUGGCGUAGGCAGGAUUUCCUAUGAGUGGUAAUGACAUUUAAAGAAAGUGAAAGAAUAACAAAUCACUAUAACAUCAUAUUAGUGGAAAAACUGUUCAAAUCGUAUUUGAUAAAAUACAACUUAUGUGUAAAUUACUAUAAUUCUCCUCUGCUAGUUUUCAUAUUCUGAAAUGCAUUUAUGGUAUCCUCAUUAGGAAUAUUACAAUACUUCCUUUUGUAUGUAAACUCCCAAAGUUCUUUUCGA